AUGGAAAAAAUUAUAGACAUUAUUUAUGAUUAUAACAAUGGAGACUUUCUGUGUCCUAAAAGUGGGGCAAAGUUGGCCUCUCUCUUUGGUCUGGACCGAGCAGAGAGUCAGAGAAACGAGUCCUUCCAAUUCACUGCCCCUAAAUGGCCAAAGAAGUCCUGCGCCAUAUUAGGUCUGCCUCCUCAGAAGCCUGUCCCUCCUCCAUGUGCUCCAGCUGUGCUGUUUGCUACAGCUGUUCAUGCAUUCAGCUUUGUGAAUGGACAAUAUGUGAAGCAAGGCAAGAUGGCUGCUGUUUUAGGAAACCAUGUCACCAAAGAGUACAAGAUUCUGUUGUACGGCAGUAAGCAAAAGCAGAUCACUAAAGCUAGAAUCCAUCGUGGAUUUUUCCAUUUUUCCUCAUUCUAUUCUAUUCUCCCUGUAACUAUGUCUUUAAUGUUUGACUCAGAAAAGUCAUGGCCUGAGUUCUGUAAGGAGGUGUCCGUGGCCCAGUGGAACAGUGAGGCUUCAUCAGACUCUCUGGUCACUCAGGACCUGGUCCUAGGAGAAGGUCAAGCUGUUGAUGUUGGGGACACAGUGGAGGUGGCCUAUUCUGGAUGGCUUUUACACAAACAUUCUCUAGGACAGGUAUUUGAUUCCAAUCUGGGCAAAGAAAAGCUGCAGCGAGUAAAGCUUGGAGCAGGCAAAGCUCUGAGGGUCUUAUGUUGCCUUUCUUACAGGGAUGGGAUGCUUGGUAUGCAGAAAGGAGGUCAACGGCUCCUUAUCGUCCCUCCUAGUAUGGGUUAUGGGUCAAAGGGCAUCCUUAAGAAUGUGCCAACAAACAGCACUCUGGUCUUUGAUGUUGAGAUUCAUAGAGUUAAAUUCUCCAAAGACAGACAUAGCCGGGGAUCAGUUGACCCCUUCAGUACAUCUCCAAACACCUGUUCAGACACUCAGAGUGAAGAGAACAGCAGCCAGUUGACUUCAGAUGCUUCCAAAGCCAAACUGAUCUCACGUAUAGCCAAGAUGGGUCAACCUAUGCUUCCCUUUCUCGCUGGGGCCAUUCCAGCUCAGCCUGACCCCAGCGACUCAGAAACAGAGGUCAGGAAGAUUGGAAAGGUUGCUUACAUUACAUAUACUGUAUAUGAUCCGUUGUAUCAGCCUGAUGAUGCUCAGAAACCGGAAGCAGUGCCACCACAAGCAGACUCAAACACUACUCAAGGCUCUCAGGUUCAUUUAUCUGGGGCAUUGGCUUAUCAGCUGCAGCAGGAUGUGCUGAAUCUCCAGCAGAGGGUGACAGAGAUUCAGGCUGAACUCAGGCAAACACAAUCACUGUGCUCAGAUCAGCCUUCUGGAGGCACAGAACUUGUGAAGCAAGGAGAACAGUCUGAGCAGCGGUGGAGGGCAGAGAAGCAGAAGUGCAAAGAGAUGGAAGCCAUUAUACAAAACAUGGAUGAGGAGAUGCAAGAUCUGAGGGCUGAAAAGGAGAAUCUGGAUCAGAUCCUGUCAGACAGGAAGAGGAAGUGGCAGGUACAGCGGGAGCGCUUUUUAUUGGCGCAGGAGGAACAGCAUCAGAGAAGUCAGCAGGAGAUCCUACAUCUCUUUAUCAAGCUCAAAAAAGCCAGAUACUCCACUGAACCACUCAUGAAGCAGGUGAAACGAGUGAUGAAUGGAGUGUUUCAGUCUCUCAGGACAGAGUUUGACUCGCAGGAAUCUUACAGCGGACACACAGUGCUCGAGAUUCUCCAAAACACCAUCAAGAAUAUCACCAUGAAACUUCUCUCAGAACCUUGGGAGCUUGAAUCAGACGUAGAUGAAGAUAAAGCAGAGGAAGAGUACUUGUCUACUGAAGAGUGUUUGCAAAUGGAAAACAUGCAGAAGGAAAACAAUGAAAUCGAGGGAAAAGGCCAACAUUAAAAAAGAAUUAUUUAUGUUAACAGAACAAUCGGUAGAUCAGAACACCUGCAUAUUGCAGUCUGUUCAACCAUAGGCAUUGGUUCACAUAUUGAGAUCCUAAAGGUGAAUUGGUACU